AACUUGCAUAACAAUUUUUUUUUUAAUCUCCUCUCUAAAUCUAUUUAACAUAUGCUCUCUCAAAGUUCAGGCAAUGCAGAUAAAUCAAGGAAUUAUUCAACAAAUUUUAGUGUUAUAUUUUAUUCUGAGUUAUAAUGAGGUUCAAGGAGAAAUAAGUUUAUCCGAAUUAGAGGAUCAAGAGUUAGAAAGUCAACUUAAACUUUUGAACAAGCCUGCAAUCAAAACAAUUACGACUACAUAUGGAGAUAUAUAUGAUUGUGUGGAUUUUUACAAGCAACCUGCGUUUGAUCAUCCAUCUUUGAAGAACCACAAUUUUCAUCCAAAUAUGAAGCCUACGUUAUCUAGAAUACAGCAAUCUUCAGGUACUUCAAAGUCUAAAGAGUCAUCGACGAUAUGGCUAAAUGAUGGUGGUUGUCCUUUUGGAUCAGUUCCGAUUAAAAGAAUUACAAAAGAUGAUCUUAUCAGACAAAAACAUAUGCCACCACCAGAAGUUCAUACCCAAUUUUCUCAGACCAGGAAUCACAGUGGAUUGAAAAGAAGAUUAUUAUCUACACAAGGAUAUAGGGUUGCAAUAGUUUCAACUCGUGAUGAUUUGGAUUACAAGUUUGGGGGAGCUGGAAUGACAUCUACUUUAUGGAAUCCUUCUGUUAAAGCUCCACAACACAGUGGAUGUCGAUUGAAAGUUCAAAAAUCAUCGGACAUUAUACAAAUCGGUUGGAGAGUGGAUCCAACAUUAUAUGGCGACACCCUAACUAGAAUGUUCAUACAUUUUCAGGCUGGUAAUAUAGGUUGCUUUGAUACACUAUGUCCUGGAUUUGUACUGGUAGACACUGAGAUAGGCAUUGGAGCGCCAUUUAGUAAUGUUUCACAACGUGGUGAUAUUCAUAACUUGUGGGAAUAUUCAAUGUACCUCGAUCGGGAUCUAGCCAACGGAAAUUGGUGGGUUUUGGUUGAAGAAACGCAUAGAGAAAUUGGAUUUUGGCCUCAAAACAUCUUCACUCAGUUAGCUAGCUUUGCUACACACAUAGAAUGGGGAGGAGUAGCAUAUAGCCCACAAAACAUACCUGAACCACCAAUGGGUUCAAGUUUUUUCCCCACUAAAAAGCAAGGGUACGAUGGUUCAUGCAAUAAAAUUAUUGCAUUAAACUAUAGAGGUGAGACGAUAAUGAUAAAUACGAUCCCGCACACUGAUAAUCCCGAUUUUUAUAGGGUUUACGAUAUUCCACCAACGAAAGGAAAAUUUGAGCACGUCGCUUUAUAUGGUGGACCUGGUGAGACAACCUAACUAUUAAAAUAUCCUUGUUUAUAUAUAUUGUAAUGACAAUAUUUACAACAUUUGAUAAUUUAUAUCCAAAAAAUUGUUAUUUACUUUAAAUUAUUUCUUUAUAUAAAUAUUACUAGAUCAUCAAAUUUGUUCAUGAAAAGACGAUGUAGCUAAGAAUUAAGAUGAUGUCUUCUUUUUUUAAAAUUUUAUAUAAAACUGUGAAAUAAAUUUGAUUAUUUUAAUAUACUAGGAACAAAAACACAUCAUCCUAAUUAACAAUUAAUAAAGGAAUAAUUAUCCAAAUCACAUACGAUAAAUUACUUCAAACGUAUUCCUUGUUGAUAUUA